AUUCACAGGGGUCCUGUAAUUGAUCAGUUUUUCAAGAGAUUUAGUGCAGCAUACCAUACAGCAUUCAGCAGUGUGCUCUGAUCUUUGUGCUGCCUUGCAAGUGACCCCCCCUACAGGAAGAUAACGGAUAAGCCAGGAGGGAGGAGCAGUUUAACUACACAUGUCUGGCUACUCUUAUCAACUUAUCAUAUAAGGAAAGGAAAGUGAUUGAUUCAGAUACCGAAGCUGUAAAACCUUGCCAAAAGACAAGCAGAAGAAAACAUUAAAGCUUAUUUUUAAAACGAACACAGAACUUGCAGCUGAGACAGGACUGUUUCUCUAUUGCAUCUGACAGUUUAGGGCACAGUCGGAGAGAAGACAGUACUUUUUUUUUUUUUUUCUUACCAAGUUUGCAACGGGAAAGUUAAAAAAAAAAAAGCCCUCAUUCAGAGUGCUUUACACAUGACAAAGCACUGAAUUUCAGGGCAGGUCAACUAGAUAAUCUGGACUCUUGUUAAGCAUACUGAAAAUAAAAUAGUUCAAUAUUUUAGAUUUGCUGGGUUAUCAUAGCAAUUAAAAUGUGGCUGGCUGUUUACUUUAUUUUGAGCUGUAAUCUUGUUUUAGCUUCAGGGUAUAGCUCCUUUCGUAAAAGCAUGGAGACUAUCGGCAAGAAACAGUAUCAGGUUCAGCAUGGGUCAUGCAGCUAUACCUUUCUAUUGCCUGAGAUGGACAACUGCCGCUCUUCUUCUAGCUCUUAUGUGUCUAAUGCAGUGCAGAGGGAUGCACCACUAGAUUAUGAUGAUUCAGUACAAAGACUGCAACUACUUGAAAACAUCAUGGAAAACAACACUCAGUGGCUAAUGAAGCUUGAGAAUUAUAUCCAAGACAAUAUGAAGAAAGAAAUGGUAGAGAUCCAGCAAAAUGCAGUGCAGAAUCAGACUGCAGUAAUGAUUGAAAUAGGCACAAACCUACUGAAUCAAACAGCUGAACAGACCCGCAAGUUGACAGAUGUUGAAGCUCAAGUAUUAAAUCAGACAACAAGACUUGAACUUCAGCUUCUGGAACAUUCUCUUUCAACCAACAAAUUAGAAAGGCAGAUUUCAGAUCAAACCAAUGAAAUAACUAAGUUGCAAGAAAAAAACAGCUUUCUAGAAAAAAAAGUCCUUGAUAUGGAAGACAAGCACACACUUCAGCUUCAGUCAAUCAAGGAUGAAAAAGAUCAACUUCAAGUACUAGUAUCCAGACAAAAUUCUAUAAUAGAAGAACUAGAGAAACAGUUAGUCACAGCUACGGUAAACAAUUCAGUUCUGCAAAAACAGCAACAUGAUCUGAUGGAGACUGUUCACAACUUGCUUACUAUGAUAGCUACACCAAACUCCAAGAACAACUUUGUGGCUAAAGAAGAACAAAUCCGUUUCAAAGACUGUGCUGAAGCUUUCAAAUCAGGACUUACAACCAGUGGAAUCUACACCUUAACAGUUCCUAAUAGUGCAGAAGAAAAAAAGACUUACUGUGAUAUGGAAAGCAGUGGAGGCGGAUGGACAAUUAUUCAGCAACGUAAAGAUGGCAGUGUGGACUUUCACCGGACAUGGAAAGAGUAUAAGAUGGGAUUUGGUGAUCCUGCUGGGGAGUACUGGCUGGGAAAUGAGUUAGUUUCUCAACUGACUAAUCAGAAACGCUAUGUUCUUAAAAUACACCUGAAAGACUGGGAAGGAAAUGAGGCAUAUUCAUUGUAUGAACAUUUCUAUCUAGCAAGUGAAGAACUAAAGUACAGGAUCCACCUUAAAGGACUUACUGGGACGGCAGGCAAAAUAAGUAGCAUCAGCCAACCAGGAAAUGAUUUUAGCACAAAGGAUGCAGACAAUGACAAAUGUAUUUGCAAAUGUUCACAAAUGCUAACAGGAGGCUGGUGGUUUGAUGCAUGUGGUCCCUCCAACUUGAAUGGAAUGUACUAUCCAUUGCGGCAGAACACCAACAAAUUUAAUGGUAUUAAGUGGUAUUACUGGAAAGGAUCAGGCUACUCUCUCAAAGCCACAACUAUGAUGAUCCGACCAGCAGAUUUCUAAAUGCCCUUUGCAUUGUAUAUGAAUUCUGUAUUGUAUAGUCUUCAAAGACUACAUUUGCCAAACAUUUAAACUCACAGCUGCAAUGUGUCAUUUUCCAGCCCAGAAAACAUGCACUAGUAUUCCGAAGGGAUCAAUUUGUUCCAAUUCUUGAAUUGUGAUAGUCUUCAUCAGUUCAAGCUCACAUUACUCAACUAGACACAGCAAAGUCUAAAACAUGAAAUAAUCUGUGUAACAAUGAUUUUGGCAGAAAGACUGAGUUAAAAGGCUGUCCAAGAAACUGUCAGACAAUUUAAGGACUUUGUUUUCUUGAUCGUUUAUGUUGUGUGUGUUAGUAAAUAACUGGAACUGUGAAAAAUAUCUAAAAACUUAGUUUUAGAAAUGUGCCUUUGUGCUCAUCACUGAACUUUAAUAAAACAUUACAUUAAUAUAAAACUCCUAACUUGCAAUCUAAAUCUAGAACUAUUUUUCUAUCCCAUACCUUGUUUGUAGUUUAUGUACAUAAAACUAUAUAGUGCCUUGUAAUUAGCUCAUUGUCAUAAUUAAAGGAUGCAUUCCUUUGCAAAGGUUUCUAAAUAAUGUUUAAACUUAUUUGGGGCUUUUCUUGCAAUCCACAUCAAUUUAUUUAACAAUCUUAGGAGAAAUAGCAUCUCCAUUUAAGUGCUUUGCAUUGAUUCUUGCAAAAUACUGUGUAUAAUUGAUCACUAUUUUAUGGUUUUUUUUAAACUAUCAGAUGUUGUACUUAUUGCCAUUGUUAUUUUAAAGUACAAAAAAUCCUGCCAAUUAUAGCAUGAUAUCGUGUGUUUUAUUACAUUUUCUAUGAAGAUUUGCACUUUUUCCCCUUUCUAGUUGUUUAAUAUAUAACAACUGAGAAUUAAGUAUUACAUAAUGCUGUUGCCUCACUUAAACGUCAGACAACUGCUGUUCUCCAUGCAAUUAAAUAUCACCUGGUGAUGUUUGUUUAGACCCUUUGUGAAAAAUAAGCUAACUUUAAUAACUUCUUUAAAACCAAUCUGCUCUUUUAUGGAAAAAAGGUCAUGUUAUUUCUUAAGAUAAAUGUUAUUACACUUUAGAAAGAGAAAGAAAAGAAACCUAAAAAUAUCCUAUGGUCAGACAGUUUUUCUGUGUGGGAAAUAGCUGCAUGACGCUCAGACAAUUCUGAGUGUGGUGAUAAUCUAGGCCUCUAUCUAGAUCUUUAAGUGAAUAAAUGGCUUUAUUGGGUGAUUUUUCCCUAUGUUUAUUGUAACAAUAUGCUUAAAAAGUAUGUAUUAUAGGGUAUUGAUAGAAAUACUAAAAUUAAGAUUCAGAAGACACUUCUCUUCUAAAUCCUUUCAAUGUUUUAUAGAAGUCACACCAAAAAAAUAACUUCUGGAUUGAAAUUUCUCAUGCUUGGUAUCAGCCCCAACACAACAAUUUUAGAAAUUUUUCAUUGACCGCUAUUGAACUGAGUUCCAAAAGUGAAACAAAAAAGUACGUUUCCAGUACAGAAAAUUUUUCUAGAUUUUUCUGAGGCUAAGAUAACAAAACGUGUUAAAGUAUUUUUAUUUUUUCUAUAUGCACAUUACAUCAGUAAUUGUGACUCAUGUUGGGAAAUGAGUUAAGAAGAACUAUAUUGUUGUAAAUCAACUGCUCUCAAAAAGUUACCCAGUUGCUUGCUUUCAGGGGCAAAAGCAGACUGCUGUACUGGUAGCAAGUAAUGUAUCAGAAUUAGUCAAGGAGAAUAGAAGCAAAAUAUACAUUAUGAGACUUAUAAAACACUAUGAAGUAUUAUUUUUAUAUGAACCCCAUGAAUGAAACGUUAAUUGAGUUGCCCUAACAAUUAUAUUUUGCCUAUUAUGUAAAAUACUAAGACCAUUAUUUAAAAAAUAUUACUUCUAUCAAGCUUAUAACAUUCUUCUUCAAACAUACUAAGUCAAAAGAUUACUUUGUAAAUCACUUCCAUAAAACAGCUGUCUUACAAUGGAAUGAUACUUUAUCCCCCAUUUUUAAUUCAAUAGAUCGCCAAAAUACUUUUAAUACUUUUAUUCAUAUGAAGAAAUACAAAAGAUAUCCUCAACUUCUGAAAGAUUUAGGUCAUUACCCAUAGUAACAAUCCAUUCUUUAAAAAUGCUCAUUAAGGAACAUCUUGGCAUCAGACAGCACAACAAUGGGCACAGUAUGAAUGACUGGUCAGUCAUUAAAUAAAAACCAUGCUUCCUUGUCCUCAACUAUAAUCUUCAGUUUGUCUAAGGAAAGUACAGGGACAAUAUCAGAUGAUAAAACUAAUGCUGAUAUAAGAUUUAAUUAUUUUUUCCUAUUAUGAAUUGAGUUGCUUGAGUCAGAUCUGUAAAAUAUGAAUUCUUGUUUCAUAAUAUUGUUAAAAAUUAUCUGAUGAGUUGUUCAAAAUUUUUGGCACAUCUAACAAGCAGACAUUGCUGGUCUAGUUUGAUUUUCCAAUACUUUCAAUCAUUACCAUGCUAUUAACCUUGAUCAUUACCCCAAUCAAAGUCUUAAAAUCAUCAUUCUGUAAUUACCAUCUCUAAUUUUAUUUGAAAACUCUGCAGUUUUUUAAAAUCAAACCUUAAUGUUUAGACAGGGCCAACCCACAACAUUUUGGCACCAGAGGCAGGGAGCUCAAAUGACACCUCCAUGCUCCCUCGCUUGGGAAAAAACUUUGAAAGUCUCAAUUCUGCCUU